AUCGGGUUCUUCAGUUUGGAGGGAAGAAAAUUAUUUAAAAAACCUACAAAAAUGGAAAAACUUUCAGAUCCAGUUUUGCUGCACAUUCUCCAGUAUCUGCCCAUUGAGAACCGAAUGAUGGUGUCAUGCUGCAACAAAAGAUUCCUACGGCUGUGUUUUGACAAGUUUUUGACAAGGGAGACCAAACUUGGUGGCUGUUACAAAAUGUCAGAGACUCGCUUUAAAGCAUACAUAAAACAAAGUUAUGAUGGGGAUAUAGGGGAACUACAUUCAUUCAUAGAUAUGUGCACGUCACUCUCUGAGAUUCACAUAACUACAGGGAUCUGCCACAAGAUGCCUGAUGAAACAUUUAGUUUUAUGGUGGAGACAAACGCUUUGAAAAACCUCUGUGUGUAUACUCAAUCUUUUGAAUGGGAUGUCACAACUUACAUGAUGUUCAAAGGACUUGCAAAAUCAGUCGGCAAACUGAAAGUCCCGUGGAAGACAUUCCACAUACCCAGCUUCUACCUCUCAGAAAUGAAAUCAGACCCUGACAUAAAGGAUAUCUUACAAAAUAGCUCAAAACUUACCAGCCUUGAUAUUGGAAAUUGUGACAUAUUUUCAUCAUUACCAUGUGAAGAAAUCCCAAUAUCAGAUUCAGUAGAACUUGAAUUUUUACGAGUCAAUAGCUGGGGUCUGGACAGUAAAGACCUGCAACAGCUGCUAUCAAACUUUUCACAGCUGCGUUCAUUAAGUCUUUCAGAGUGUUUUGUUGUUUUAGUGGAGCGUGGAGUGAAUAAUGCUAGCAUGGAUGGCAUUGAAGCAAUACAAAAAUAUGCUCCUAAUCUGGAAUACUUGAAUCUCUCAGACAUUUGCAACCCUCUGCAUCAUAGAGAUCUGGAAACACAAAUUCAAUGUGCAGAUGCUCACACCACUGUCCCAGAGAUUGUCAGCAAAUUAAAAAAACUGAAAGGACUGGCUCUGCCACUAUGUCACUUAGAUCAGCAAACAAAGACAAAAGAGGACAUCUUUAGUCGGUUAACGAAUGUGAUACAUACCAGGGAAAGUAAAAAUUCAAAAAAUGCAGCUGAAAACAAUGAGAAAAAAGAGGUCGUACCUUCAUGUAUGGAGAUGCUAGUCAAUGGAUGUCCAGAAAUGCAAGAGUUUGAACUAGCAAACAGUCAUUUUACAUCCUCCCUACAUAGAAGUCAUCGCACUGGUGGGCAGAUCAGUCCUAGCAAUCACAAAUUUAACUAUUGUGAUGGUGCACAAAAUGUCCUUGCAAGUGAACUCGUCUAUAUAUCUAAAUGGCACCAACUGAGACGCCUUGUCCUGUCAGCAAUUCCCAAUGUGGAUUCAGGGCAGUUCCUUGUGGAAAUAUCAGAGAAUUGUCCAAACAUCAGUGAGCUGUUGAUUGCCUUCCUGGGUGCGACAGAUGUGUGUGAAUACCAGCUAGCUCUGAACAAGGCUCUACCUAACAUGCAGAACCUUCAACUGUUCAGAUUGGAGCAGCCUAAUUUUGAGCUGAGCCCCGCGUUUUGGAUUGCUUUGGGACACUGCAAAGGUUUACAGAGAUUUUGCUGCAUCGCCAAAGACAGCAAGUUUAUCAUAAAGCAUGUUAUAAGAUUUGUGGAACAGUGUAAGCAACUGGCAGCUCUGCAAUUGUUUUCGGGAUCAACAGUUAUUGCAGGGAAACACUUGAUGAAAGCACUUAUAUCAAGGGUAGGCAGGAAGAGGGCUGGAUUCAGUGUGAUUGUCUAUCCCAUCCUUGGAGAUUCAGCAACUCUGAAACAACAUAUACACAGAUUACCUCAUUGUCACUAUUCUCAGAUCACCAUGUAUUCAACUCAAGUUGCUCAAACAUCCACUGAUGCAUGGUGGGAGGCCUAAUAUGGACAUUCGGUACAUACAGGAUGGUCACUCAUCACUAUGUAUUCAAUUUGAAUACUCCAUACAGUCCCUGGCGCAUGGUGGGAGGCCUAAAGGAAGGCAACGAAUACACCGAAUGGACUGCUAUGAAGAAUGCAAAACUUUUACAAGGCAAAUAGACAACAUUGAAAUGAUUAUGAUGAUGACAAUCCUUUAAUGGGAAUCGUGUAUGGUUAGUGCACACCUAAACUUGCUAAAGUGUACACUGGCUCAAAGCAUCCAGUUUAAAGUGUCCAGAUUGAUUACAAUUUAGUGGUUAAAAUUGUAGCUAAUGGGAUAACAAAGGUGGAUGUUUGCAUUUUUUAUUGCUUUUUGAUAUUAUAUUGUUAUAUUUAUCAUAAAAAUGAUCUUAAAAUGAUUAACGUAACAGGUCAUUAUAAAUAUUAAGAUAUAUAUCAUUUAUAUGCUCCAGUUGUGCAAUUAUACCCAUAGUGGAAUUAAAAUAUACUUUUGUAUACAUUUUUACAUUUACUAGUAUUUGUAAUUUAAUGUAAUUUUUGAGAUGUGCAAUGGGAACAAUAAUGCAUAUACAGUAAAACCUGUCUAAUUGAACACCUCUCUCUAGUGAACACCUCUGAUUUUUAAACACCACUUCAAGACACAUUUUACAUUGACUCCUGU